AAACGAGUUGUUACAGGUUACGAGCAGAAGGAAAGGAGUUGUUCGAUGAGUUAAUUUAUGCGGGCAUGCAAAGGUAAUUAGUGUCGUGCAGAGACUCAUUGCAUGCAGGACAUACGUCAGGUAUGUCGGGGUUGAGUCUGGAUAGGAAGGAGCUUAGUCUACUACAAUGUCCAGAUCUAAGUCGCGUCAGUAUUACGCGAGACUCUCGCGGCAGCUCGAGCUCUUCGUCUGCAAUAGGUAGUGGUUUGACUCCGGUAACGGGGUUCAGAGGGAGAGAGUUCCUGAAGAUGCAGAUGGGCUCUAGGUGGUUGCCGUUAAAUGCCUGCCUGUACGCCGUCCUAUCCAGCGGUUGUUGUAGAUGGUGCUAAAUGCAGAUCCUUAUGUCUAGUACACAUUUUCUGUACAAGUGAUGCUCUGGCGACGUCAGACAGUUUCCUGUCACGGUCCUGAGGGUGUUGUUUUGGUGUUAUUUUUUCUAAAAUGCAAUCAGCGAUACCAAAUUUCUCUUGUGUCAGGCACUUAGUCCGUUUCAGUUUUCGAAAUCACAUUAUCGUUUGAGCCCAACACUUUCGUUUACUCGUAUUUGUAAUCCCAGUUACUCUCAAACUAUGCUACUCGCUGAAUACCACAAUGAGCUGAAUGUUGUAAAACAUAUUUUUUCACUCCACUGUCAAUUGCUUGCUUGACAACCGGCUGAGUAGAAAAAACAGAAAAUCAACAAAAAGCGUGCGCUGCUGCAAACGCCAAUAAAAAGUUUUUGAAUUUUUCUGGAAAGAUAUCAAACGAUUGAUCGAUAAAGACAUAAGAUAGUUAAUAAUUUGCUGAAACUACAUAUAUCAAGUAAUAUGAAGAUCGAAGAAGUAAAAAGUACCGUGCGCACACAGAGAAUUGCCGCGCAUAGCCACGUGAAGGGACUGGGUCUUGACGAGAAUGGCGUGCCACUGCCAAUGGCUGCUGGUCUGGUUGGACAAAAAGCUGCACGCGAAGCUGCUGGCAUUGCUGUAGAUUUAAUAAAAUCAAAGAAAAUGGCUGGACGUGCGCUAUUGCUUGCAGGUCCACCAGGUACAGGCAAAACGGCCAUCGCACUAGCUAUAGCACAGGAAUUGGGUAAUAAAGUACCCUUUUGUCCGAUGGUCGGCUCUGAGGUGUUCAGCAAUGAAAUUAAGAAAACUGAAGUUUUAAUGGAAAAUUUCCGUCGUUCCAUUGGUCUACGUAUCCGUGAAACGAAAGAAGUGUAUGAAGGUGAGGUGACCGAACUGACACCAGUCGAGACUGAAAAUCCAAUGGGUGGUUAUGGCAAAACCAUAAGCAACGUAGUGAUUGGUUUGAAAACAGCAAAGGGCACUAAACAAUUGAAACUCGAUCCAAGCAUUUUCGAGUCACUACAAAAGGAAAAAGUCGAGGUUGGUGAUGUUAUUUACAUUGAAGCUAAUAGUGGCGCUGUUAAGCGCCAGGGUCGCAGUGAUACUUUCGCAACCGAGUUUGAUUUGGAAACUGAAGAAUAUGUGCCACUACCGAAAGGCGAUGUACACAAAAAGAAAGAGGUUAUUCAGGACGUUACGUUGCAUGAUUUGGAUGUGGCAAACGCUAGACCACAAGGUGGUCAAGAUGUACUCUCCAUGAUGGGACAGCUGAUGAAGCCAAAGAAGACGGAAAUAACGGAUAAAUUACGCAUGGAGAUUAAUAAGGUAGUAAACAAAUAUAUCGACCAGGGUAUCGCUGAACUUGUACCUGGCGUGCUUUUUAUUGAUGAAAUACACAUGCUUGAUUUGGAAACUUUCACGUAUCUGCAUAAGUCACUGGAAUCGCCGAUAGCGCCAAUUGUAAUUUUUGCAACAAACAGGGGACGCUGCGUUAUAAGGGGCACAACCGACAUUGUAUCUCCACAUGGUAUACCGUUAGAUUUGUUAGAUCGUUUAUUAAUAAUACGUACAUUGCCGUAUUCUUCCUCUGAAAUGGAACAAAUUAUUAAGUUACGCGCCCAAACCGAAGGCCUACAGUUGGAAGAGUCAGCGUUUAGCCGCCUCAGUGAAAUUGGCAGUAAUUCUACGUUGCGUUAUGCAGUUCAAUUGCUAACUCCAGCACAUCAAAUGACCAAGGUUAACGGUCGUACACAAAUUACAAAAGAUGAUAUCGACGAUGUACAUUCAUUAUUCCUAGACGCGAAACGCUCAUCCAAGCAUUUGUCCGAGAAGAACAACAAAUUCAUGAUGUAGUCAGUAUGCAUUAAUAUUACAUUGUUUAUUAAAUGAAAAUAUUUCCAA